AUGGCUGGACUGUGGCAGCAGCUCAGCUCCCUGCGGCAGGGUCGAGCGCUGGCUCUCCUCCACUACCUCAUCUGUCUUUUUUACUCGCCUUCAGGUGCUCUUCCCAAGGAUACAAAUGCCAGUCCUCUGGAGGGGUUCGAGGUGGUGAAGGGGAAUUUCUCUCGCGUUUUCCUCCGUGUUGGCUACCAUAAGAUUGCAGAGAUUCCUGCAGGAGCACGCAACAUCAGCAUUCAGGAGACGAUAAAGAGCCGAAACUACCUGGCUCUGCGGACAUAUACCGGUGUCUCCAUCAUCAAUGGAAACUGGGUGAUCGACAGGCCAGGGAUCUUCACUGCAGUGGGGACACAGCUGACUUACCAACGACCCAAUGAAAUACGCUCUCGUAAGGGAGAGUCCAUCACUGCACCUGGACCGCUCACUGAAGACCUACAUGUUUAUUUGAUCUACCAGCAGCCAGGCCCCAGUGUACACUAUGAAUACAGUUUGCCUUUACAAAACAUGCACCCAACUCCUGCGCCUAUUACACCUACUGAUAUUCUGCCCUUGGUGCAUACAGUAGCAUCACACUCAGGUGAGAAGGUUCACCAAGAUGAUUCAACCACCAAUGACAUCACUAAAGAGACCCAUCCUAACCAGGUAUCCUCUAAACCAAGUGAACCCACCGACUCUCAGCCCACAUACACCUGGGUGAAGAGUGGGUACACAGAAUGCAGUUCAACAUGUGGCUCUGGCAGGCGUCAAGUAGUGUGGCAGUGUGUUGACAGAGACUCUGAGGUGACUGUUUCUGCUGACCUGUGUGACUCGACCAUUCAACCAACACUCCAGGAGGAAGAAUGCAACAUGCAGUCAUGUCCUGCAUACUGGGAUGUAGGGGAGUGGUCAGAGUGCAGCAAAAGGUGUGGACCUGGUAAUCAGCAGCGCCAGGUCAUCUGCCGCCAGGUCACUCACAUCCACACCAAUGGAACGGAGACCUCAGUUACCGUGGCACCAAAGCUGUGUGGGCUGUCUGAUAUGCCGGUGACCAAAUCCACCUGUCAGCUGAAGAUCUGUAGCCAGUGGGAGAUCCGGUCUGAGUGGAGCCCUUGUUCAGUGCCCUGUGGGGUGGGUCAGCGCAGCAGGGAGGUGGUGUGUGUGAGCAACCAGGGUGAUGUGGAGGAAGAUACAGAGUGUAACAUGAACCUUAAACCAGAUACACUGCAGAACUGUGACAUGGGAGCCUGUGCUCGCAGCUGGUUCACCUCCCUCUGGAGUCAACGGUGCUCAGCUGACUGUGGUCAAGGCAAUCGAACCCGGGCGACAGUGUGCCUGACAGAUCAUGUGACUGAUCUCCCAUUGGGCAGCUGUGAGGGGCAACGACCUGCAGAAGUGACAUCAUGUGACUCAGGCCCCUGCCAGAACCGCCUUGAGUGGUACACAGGCCCUUGGAGUCAGUGCUCUGCAGAGUGUGGGAAUGGCACACAGACCCGGAGUGUGGUUUGUAUUUUGAACAAUGACGGGGUCAUGGACCUUGUGGACCAUUCAAAAUGUUCCAGUCUCUCUCAGCCAUCCACAGCUCAGCCGUGCAAACUGAAACCAUGCGGUGUCCAGUGGUAUGUCACAGACUGGAGUACAUGCUCACGCUCCUGUAACGGUGGCUACCGAGUGCGUGAGGUGCGGUGUCUUACCGACAACAUUGCUCCAAGUGACCAGUGUGACCCCAGUGUGACCCCAGAGAGUCGCGAGGAAUGUAAUAAGCAGCCAUGUGCAACUGAGAUAAAUCCAUCCUGCAGUGACCAGUAUCAUAACUGUGUGGUGGUAGUUCAAGCCCGACUCUGUAUUUAUCCGUACUACAAAGGUGUCUGCUGUGCGUCCUGCUCCACUUCUCAGAAAUCAUACCCCAAAUCAUUUCAAAAGAACUACAGUCCCAGGUGAUGAAGGUUAAAUUAACCUCAUGCCAUGCUUCAGUAUAAAAACUGUGAAAAUGACACCAUGUCAGACACAUUUCAAUGUUCAGUCACUGGGAGCAGUAACCCAGAAAGCAGCUUUCCUAUAAGCACUGCCACUAACACCAGCUAAAUAUAAACACUGCUGUAAGUGUCAGAUCAUAUCCAA